AUGGCGCUCGCGCUCUCGAGGGCCGGCGCCGACCUCAUCCUCGUCCAGCGCAACAACACGAACACGACGACGCUGGACAAGAUCAAGUCCGAGGGAGGCGUUGACGGCAAGGGUGGGAAGGCCGAGAUCGCGGUCUGCGACCUCGCGGAUGCGGAGGCCGUGAAGAAGCUCGUUCCUGGCAUCGUCUCGUCGGGCCGCAUUAUCGACAUCCUUGUGAACUGCGGCGGCAUUCAGCGCCGACACCCCGCCGAGGACUUCCCAGAAGAUGACUACGCAGAGGUUAUGCAGGUCAACCUCAAUGCCGUCUUCACAAUCACGCGCGACGUCGGUAAGCACAUGCUCGAGACCCGCAAGGACGGCAAGCGCGGUAACGGCAAGAUCAUCAGCAUCGCGUCGGUCAUCUCCUUCCAGGGCGGUCUCAACGUCCCCGCGUACGCUGCGGCCAAGCACGGGGUUCUCGGUCUCAACAAAGCUUUCUCGAACAACUGGGCUGGAAAGGGCAUUAACGUCAACGCCAUCGCCCCCGGCUACAUCGACACGGACAUGAACGAGCAGCUCAUCGCGGAUCAGACCCGCUCGAGGCAGAUUCUGGAACGCAUCCCCGCCAACCGCUGGGGCAAGCCCAAGGACUUUGACGGUGUCAUCGUCUUCCUUUCCUCGCCCGCCUCAGACUGGAUCUGUGGCGAGUGCGUCGUCGUCGACGGCGGAUGGAUGUCUAGGUAA